AUGGUACCUUAUUCAAUGUAUAAUUGGGAAGAGUUGCUCGAUUUUACAUUUUUGAAGCAUAAUAUUAAAUAUAUUUGUCGUCAAGAUUUUGAUUUUAAAUAUUUAUUGGCAUCACUUAACAUUGAUAAUAGUACAGGAGUGUAUAAUGUGACUAGAGACGAAGAUCGAUAUCAACAACGAUAUUAUGAUGACGCUACAUCAACAAUAGAACUUGGUAAAUUUAAAGAACGAGUGAACUUAAUUGACUUAAGCAAAAGAUCCGAAAAAUUAAUAAGUUUUGGUAGUGUGUUUUCAACAGUUAGAAUCGUUCGACAAUUACCUGAAAGUAUUGAAUUUUGGAAUAGAUUAAUGAAAAAUAUGUUACCGAACAAUCCAACUAUAAUUAAUAUUGUAGACAAAAUUGUUGAUAAAAUUGGUGUAACAAAUGGUUUUAUUGGUGUACACGCAAGAUUAGGAAAUGGCUUUCUCAAAAAUCAAAAUAACACAAUAGAAGGACUCAUAAAAAGAAUUAAAACAGAUUUUGAAGAUAACGUUUGUUUAACAUCAAAAAUAUUUUUAGCAAUAGAUUUAAAAAGAGAUCACAUUUCCCUUCAAUCAUUCUUUCAAACUUUCUCAUGUACUUAUAUAUUAGAUGAUUUUAAUGACCUUUUAGAACCCUUAAAAUUUUUAAAAAAUCUUAAAGAUGAUAUGAUUUUGUAUGAAUUUCUAAUACCGUUAGUAGAUUUACUAGUAGUAUCAAAAGGUAAUAAGUUCUAUGGAACAAAAGGUAGCACCUUUUCAAGAUAUGCUCAGCGAUUAAACGAAGUAUGG